CGCCGAUUAUGCCUAAUAUUUUCUCCCUUUCGUUAGCCGAAAUCUAAAAUUUCAUUCUUGUGCGUUAAGUCCAUCUCAUCGUCCCAAUAUCUCUACCUCUCCCAAUUCCAAAAGCUUCUCAAAUGCUACCCAUAAACCCUACCUAUCUCUUCUUCCCCUCAAAUCCCUCUCCUCUCCUCCCUCUACCCUCCACAGCCACCAACUCUCGCCGCUGCUAUGCAGCCGGCGACUUUGGAGUAGGACCCACAUUCCCCAGGUGGUUCCACUUCACAUCCGCUGCUGUCGAUGCUGGCAGUAUUCGAAUUGGCCAGGACUCUGACGGAGCUACUUCUGCGCCGGUAGACGGCUCCUCCACCUCACCUCAGAGGGUGGGAGUUGGAGGUAGUGGCAGCAGCGGUAGUAUUAGGGCGAAUGCAAGAGAAAAGAAGUGGUCGAGAAACCGGGAGAGCUAUUUGGCUGAUAAUGAAGACGCUCUUCCUCUCCCGAUGACUUUCCCUGAUUCUAAACCUGUCCCUCCUGAGGAGAUUGACAAACGGCUACGAUGCGAUCCCGAAGUUCAGGAUUGUAAGGAAGUGGUUUAUGAGUGGACAGGAAAGUGCAGAAGCUGCCAAGGUUCAGGAUUUGUUAGCUAUUAUAAUAAAAGAGGGAAAGAGACUAUUUGCAAGUGUGUACCUUGCCUUGGCAUUGGAUAUGUGCAGAAAAUAACAGCUCGCAAGGACAUUGGUGUAAUGGAGGACUUGGAUAAUGGAAAGCCUCCCUGAGCCAAGGGAGUUUUUCCAUUUCAGGGAGUAUACCUAACAAUAACUUUUAUGAGUAGUAUUUUUUGCUUCUUCCUUGUGAAUUGACCCUUUACAUUUAUAGAGAAUAAAAGUGGCAUCCUCAAAAGCAGAAUUUCCCUUUACAUUUAUAGAGAAUAAAAGUGGCAUCCUCAAAAGCAGAAUUUGGACUAGUGACUCAGAAUUUAUUCUUUGCUUGUAUUCCUCUUAUCUUCUGGAACCACAGCUUUGUUCUUCCUUAUCCUUAUGUAUGCAUUCAGAAUCUUUUGUUCAACGGCUAGCAAGUUGCUUAAGGAAUAAAAGUUAACUUUCUUUAUCAGACCUUAAAUAUAGAAUAAACUUUUGAGUUAUUAAGCAGGAUAUCAAGUUAGAAGUCAUCUAUCUGCUGUUCUAUUGUUGAAGGUUCAGUAACAUUUUGUAUCUUUAAGCUUCUAACUGCUGUGAGAAAAAAAAAGACUCCAUCACAGAAAUGCCGAAUGUUAGCUUUCUAGAGUUCCAGUACAAGCUUUCAAGAAAUAAGCUUCUGCGAAGGCCAUCCCGAUUGUUCUCUUCCUGGGACAGACAAGGCUCUGGUGCUCUACCCUCUUUCCAGCCAAAUUUGAGCGAGUUGAGGCGGGUUUUCAAUAAAUUUGAUUCAAACAAAGAUGGCAAAAUUUCUCAGCAGGAGUACAAGGCCAUACUAAGAGCUCUGGGACAGGAAAAAAUGAUAGGAGAAGUGCCAAAGUUUUUCCAGGUGGUUGAUUUGGAUGGAGAUGGAUUUAUCGACUUCAAAGAGUUUGUUGAAGCGCAGAAGAAAGGAGGAAGCAUUAAUAUGACAGACAUUCAGAGUGCUUUUCAAGCAUUCGACAUAAAUGGAGACGGUAAGAUAACUGCUGAGGAAGUUAUGGAAGUCUUGAGGAGGCUUGGUGAACGAUGCAGCUUAGUGGAUUGCCAGAAAAUGGUCAGGGCAGUUGAUGCUGAUGGUGAUGGUAUGGUUGAUAUGGAUGAGUUUACAACCAUGAUGACACAAACUUUGAUUAAUCAUGAUUAAGUGAGUCUACGUUUAUAUGAAGGCUUAUUUUAUUUGUAAUCCUGAGUGACAUGUUUAAGAAUUCUGCAUUUGAUGCAUGUGUAUACAGGAGGGAAUCUACUAACCAUGUGUGUUUAUAAAUCAUAAUAACAUUUUUCCUUUUAUUCUUUUUC